ACGAAUACCACACUACCGGGUCCGGGUUUUGGGAUAAAUAAGCGAGUGGUACGCACGCUUGUUUUAGUCUGACCAUAUUCUUAGCUCAAGUUCGAUCAGCAGAUCUUCACUUAAGUGCAACAUCAUGCCGGAUUACAAGGUUUACUAUUUCAACGUAAAAGCUCUGGGCGAACCACUGCGGUUCCUGCUGUCUUACGGCAACCUUCCGUUCGAUGAUGUGAGGAUCACCCGCGAAGAAUGGCCAGCACUCAAGCCAACAAUGCCGAUGGGUCAGAUGCCGGUACUGGAGGUUGACGGCAAAAAAGUGCACCAGUCGGUCGCUAUGUCUCGCUAUCUGGCCAACCAGGUCGGUUUGGCCGGCGCUGAUGAUUGGGAGAACUUGAUGAUUGACACCGUGGUCGACACGGUGAACGAUUUCCGUCUAAAGAUUGCCGUUGUCUCUUACGAGCCGGACGAUGAGAUCAAGGAGAAGAAAUUGGUUACUUUGAACAACGAGGUCAUUCCAUUCUAUCUGGAGAAGCUGGACGACAUUGCACGUGAUAACAAUGGAUACCUGGCCAAUUCUAAACUGAGUUGGGCCGACAUUUAUUUCACCGCCAUUUUGGACUAUUUGAACUACAUGACCAAGUCCGAUCUGGUCGCAAACCAUCCGUAUCUGCAGAGAGUGGUUGACAACGUAACAUCGAUCGAAUCCAUUCGUAGCUGGAUUGAUAAACGACCAAAGACUGAAACAAUGCCCAUGGGCCAGAUGCCGGUGUUGGAGGUCGAUGGUAAGCGUGUGCACCAAUCACUGGCAAUGUGCCGGUAUGUGGCCAAGCAGAUCAAUCUGGCCGGUGAUAAUCCGUUAGAGGCUCUGCAAAUCGAUGCCAUUGUCGAUACGAUCAAUGAUUUUCGUCUGAAAAUUGCGAUUGUCGCCUACGAACCGGACGAUAUGGUGAAGGAGAAAAAAAUGGUUACCCUGAACAACGAGGUGAUUCCGUUUUAUCUGACUAAGCUGAACGUGAUCGCCAAGGAGAACAAUGGCCACCUGGUGCUUGGCAAGCCGACCUGGGCUGAUGUUUAUUUUGCUGGUAUCCUAGACUAUCUAAACUACCUGACCAAGACAAAUCUGCUCGAGAACUUCCCGAACUUGCAGGAGGUGGUCCAGAAGGUGCUAGAUAAUGAGAAUGUCAAAGCUUACAUCGCUAAGAGACCCAUCACCGAAGUUUAGACGGAUGGUGUGAUUUGCCGAGAAGAGCAACUUUUAAAAUGCAAUCACCUUGAAUAUGA